AUGCGACCAUCACUAAGUGUUCAAGUAGUUCCUCCCGCCUCAAAGGCACUAGUUAUACUAGGGAAUGCUCAAGCCAUAUGGCCUGCUCUCCAGAACAAUCAAGGAAUUAUACAAACAGUGGUUGCAAACCAGGGAGAUAUUGGGGGGUGGUAUUUCAUUGGAUUGGAGUUUUGCUGCACACCUGAAGAUUGGCAGGCUAAUAAGGCUCAGCAAGUAUAUCCUGGAGAUCGCAUUACCACCCAAUACGAAUUGACGAAUACAGAUAACGGGGUAUAUAAUGUUACAUGGAAUGUUGAACGAGGCCAAGCUGGUAUACAAGCUCGCGAAAUGAAUUUUUCUGCAGGAUCUAUGUUCAAUCCCCAGGAACAUCCGACUCCUGCUGGUCAAGGCUCUUUCAAUAAAGCACUUUUUGCAAUUGAAACACGAAAAGGGAGUAUCUGGGAUUUUGGCCCAGUUCAGUGGGAUCAAAUUAUUAUACAAGCUGAUACAAUUAGAAGUGAUUGGUGUUUUAGACCUACAAACAACACCAACUUCAAGCACUAUCUCGACAUUCCCAUUAUUUCUAUCUCUGACUCCCAAGUAAUUUGCAAGUACUCCUCUCUAAUCCUCGGAGAUACGACACCACCCACAUCAUCUCCGUUCCUCGCAGCAACCUCUCACAUCGACUCUGGUCUUACACCCAAGCUCGUAUUUUUACCACUGCCAUAA